CACCUGAUUCAGCAGCCCAGGCGACCUUGGCCGAAAAAGAUGCCCCGUGACAACACAGGAUUCAAAACAUCAUCAAAUAUCAUUAUUAUCAUCAUCAGAACAUCGGUGGCAGGCCGAGACCUUGGAGGCGCAACCCAGACCACAAUUCAGUCUCAACUCGGUGAGACGCCGAGCACGUCGUGGCCCCUGUGCGCAGGCCUGCAGCGCGCGUACGGCGAGCCAGAAGUCACCUCCACGCCUUGCAUCGGACACCACCACCUCGAACCAGCUUACUGUUCUUCUCGGACGUUUCCGUGGAACGCACUCACGUGCCCUGCAAUCCGGGCGAGCCGGCAGCUGCCUACGGAAUCGGCCGGGCGGCAUCGCCGGGCAGACCGUCCGGGCACGAUCCUCCACGUCAAAAUAAGCAAAACCAAAACUCGUCGGCCACAACCCCCACGGACUCCAGAGACUAGCGGACAAUCUACCCAAGGGCCGGCGACCGUCUUUUCUCUAGGUGGCCAAACUGUUUUCCUGACGCUGAACGGCAGCCGGACUUGAGUGAUGUGAGGGGGGGCAGCUGGACAUGGCAACGCCCUCGUCCACGUCCGCGUCAGCCGCCAAUACGAGGCUGAACGUCGGGCGCUGCUCGUGUGAGACUGGUCGACAGCGGGUGAGUCUUGUCAUCAUAUAAUAUAUUCUGCACUGUGCUUUUCGAGUCGCCUAGGUGGUUCCUGAGAGCGUAGAGCAAGAGACAGCCGAGCGGAUGCGCCAGUUGGCCUUGUGGUGUUGUUGCGGUUGUCACAGGAUCGAGUCAUUGUGUUGCGUAUUAUUGGAUGUGUGACAGUGAGGCUGGGAGGCCGGUGAUAGAUUCAAGCGCUCGACAAUGGGAAUACUGAAACCGGGACUCCCUCGUUCUCGUGAUAUGUCAAGAAGUAAUAGCUAAUUCAAGAAUAUUGCAG